AUGGAUGCUAUGGAGCAGCAGAAGUCCGUCGAAACCUUCAAUCUGUAUUGCCAUAAGGCACAAUGGCUUUCACAUUGGAAUAUCUCGAUGCUUUCGGUUCGAAGUAUCAAUGCUAAAGUAAAGCCUCAAUCUCCCGAUGGUGCCAUUUUUCACAUCUUCCAAUCUCUGCAUGCCCCAUCACUUACUUUUCUCCUUCUCACAUUCCCCGAAGAUUGUUUUUCCCACUUCCCAAACAUAGAUGCAUUCUCAGCCUCCUUGACAAAUCUGAAUAUUUCUAACAAUUUACUUCAUGACAAUCCAAAUUUCAUACGCCUCCUCAGGCUCCUUCGAGCCGCCAGAAAUAUCGAUAAUCUCUGCAUUCGCGCCUCAGAACUUCCAGAUUCCAUACUUUCGGGGUUCACUGUCAUGCAGUCCAAUAGUGACCUUAUGUUAGCAGCGCCAAAGGCUCUCGUCUGCGCUGGGCAUACUCCAGGAACCAUAACUACACAUCUGUGGCUUGGAAAGCUGGGAGAGGUCGCCAAAACGCCGCGAGUUAACAUGCUUCAGAAUCCGCAAGAAGUUAUCUUAGACUCACGAUGGGAGCGGGCAGGGUAG